GUGUUUCAAAAAAACAGUGAACGUUAGACACCACAACAUGAUGUCAACCAUCAGAGUGCUCCUCUGGCUGUUCUGCGGAGCAGCAGCUCGGGACAUAAACAGGAACAUGCAAUCUGCAGACCAGAGACCACAUCAACCAGUAGUCCAACAACCAGCAGCUGUUCAACAGGAGAAGCAGUCUUUCCAUGAACCGUUGACUUGGAAGUUUCCAGAACCACCAGCUGAAGAAGAGCCUCAGUACCCUCCAGAUUUUCAGCUGAAGACUCCAACUGCAGUCGAAACUGUCAGCGCCACCUGCGGGGAGGAGUAUGUGCGGGUGGAGGUCAAGAAAGACCUGCUGGGAAUCGGUAAACCUGUCCUGCCUGCAGACGUCUCACUGGGAGGGUGUCCUGCCACAGGGGAGGAUGCAAACACUCAGGUCCUGGUGUUUGAAUCAGAGCUGCAUGGAUGUGGCAGCCAGCUACUGAUGUCAGAGGACUCGUUCAUCUACAUCUUCACACUGAUCUACACCCCCAGUCCUCUGGGCAACAGUCCAAUCAUCCGAACCAGAGACGUCUCAGUCAGCAUCCAGUGUCACUACCAGAGGAAGCAUGGCGUGAGCAGCGGGCUGAUGAGGCCGACCUGGACUCCAUUUAGUGACACUAAAUCUGCUGAGGAAAGUCUCUACUUCUCCCUUAAACUCAUGACUGAUGAUUGGCUGUACCCUCGUCCAUCCACUCAGUUCCUGCUGGGAGACAUGAUGAAUUUUGAAGUUUCAGUACAACAGUUUCACCACCUCCCUCUCCGAGUGUUUGUGGACAGCUGUGUGGCCACCGUGGUCCCAAACAUUGACACUGUCCCUCGAUACCUCUUCAUGGGAAACAAAGGGUGUCUGUUUGACAGUCAGCUGACCGGCUCCAGCUCUCGGUUUCUACCUCGGACUCAGAGCGACAGACUGCAGUUUGAGGUUGAGGCGUUCAAGUUCCAGCAGGACCACAGUGGCGUGAUCUACAUCACCUGCAGUCUGAAAGCCACGGCUGCUACUGCAGCUGUUGAUGCAACCAACAAAGCCUGUUCAUUCUCCAACAGGUGGUCGGAGGCCAGUGGAAGCCAUCAAGCCUGUUCAUGCUGUGAUUCAGACUGUGGGACAAGAGGCCAGAGUCAGCUGACCGGAGCAAGUCCUCUGUGGGAACAGGAAACAGCUUUUGGACCGAUCGUAGUGAAGGACAAACCUCUACGCUGAGAAAUAAAAUGAAAAGUAACUUGAAUGAAAUUACUGAUUAAAGCUUUUUACCUCUGAUGGA